AGCGGCCGUUGAAAAUUGUGGACCUUGCGAAAUCAAUCACAAUUGUGAUUGACAAUUUCAAUAUUCGCAGAGAAUUUCAGUAUUCGUUCUUUAUGUUCAGCCUAUGAGCAUGUUUAAGAGGAUAUUUAAAAGCGCAAACAAGGAAAAUGAGCCUUCGACGACCGAAGCGAUCCAAAAGUUGAAACAGACCGAGGAAAUGUUAGAGAAGAAGCAAGAAUACUUGGAGAAAAAGAUUGACACAGAAAACACAGUUGCCAAGAAGUACGCAAAGACGAACAAGAGACUUGCCCUUCAGGCCCUGAAGAGGCGAAAGAGACUCGAAAAACAACUAAAACAAAUCGACGGGACGUUAUCUACCAUAGAAUUCCAACGUGAGGCUUUAGAAAGCUCUGGAACCAACACAGAAAUCUUGAAAAAUAUGAGCUAUGCGGCAAAAGCGCUAAAGAGCGUGCAUGAACAACUCGACGUCGACGACGUUCAAGACAUUAUGGAUGAUAUUCACGAGCAAACAGAAAUUUCGAAAGAGAUUUCAGAAGCCAUCUGUGGUGUUGGUUCGAAUCAAGACCUCGAUGAAGACGAGCUAAAUGCAGAGUUGGAGGCGAUCGAACAAGAAGUUCUUGAUAAGGAACUUGUUGGAAUGGAACGUCCCACUCUGGAAUUACCUAACGUUCCAGCGGAAGAUCUACCGACGAAAGCGAAAUCUAUACAGAAUGAAGAUGAUCUGGAAGAGCCUCAAGCUUGGGCUAUGUAAAACUAACCGUUUACUUCUCACAAAUGAAUUUUAUUUUAUAUGCAUUCUACCUGUCAUUGCCUUUUUAUUAAACCUUAAAGGGUUAAUAACAACAACAACCUUUAUUCGCCUUUAUCAUAUUUAACAUUAACAUUUUUUCAAUACCAUCUUAACUAGGCAGGGAGAUCUUAAGCAAGCUCUUUGAGCUUGUACAAGUAGGAUCUCCCUACUCUUUAACUUCAUGUAUAUCUAAUAU